AAUUGGAAUUUGGAAUUCAAUCUUAUUUUUGAUUUUAGUCUCUAUCAAUACCCCUCAUCCGCUCAUCUUUAUUCUCAUUUUGUGGUUUACCUUCUCAAUCCACACAACAAAUACACACUUCAUUUCUUCAUUUUUCAUCUGGGGUUUGGUUCGUUUUCAAGAUCACUCAUGUCGUUCAGAUUCAGAGGAGGGGCGAAUGCUUCAUCUGGAAUGGGUGUUGCUGAUCACUGUAAAGGCACCUUCUUGGAACUGCAAAGAAAGAAGGCUCACCGUUAUGUGAUCUUCAAGAUUGAUGACAAGAAAAACGAAGUUGUUGUUGAGAAAACCGGAAGUCCUGCUGAAAGCUAUGAAGAUUUUACAUUAGCUUUGCCUGAGAAUGAUUGCAGAUACGCCAUUUAUGACUAUGACUUUGUCACCUCUGAGAACUGUCAAAAGAGCAAGAUUUUCUUCAUCGCUUGGUCACCUGCAUCCUCUAGUAUUCGAGCCAAGAUGUUGUAUGCAACAUCAAAAGACAGGUUGAGACACGAGUUGGAUGGUGUUCAUUAUGAGAUUCAAGCAACUGACCCUACAGAAAUGGAGCUUGAUGUGCUCAAGGAACGCGUAUACUGAUUGGUUAGCUUUCUUCAACUUGUGUUUCAAAUAAAUGGCACCUGCCCUACAACAACACAAAAUCAACCAAUCUUGUACCCGUCCUCCCAUUAUUUCUACUUUAUGCAAAUUGUCAUGUAUCUAGUUACAUAUGUAGUUGAUCAUCUUCUUGAUACUAUUAUAUUGUUCUAUGCAAAUAUAAACCAAUCUAUGACAUCCCUG